GAUGACGUCAGUAUGCGUUGGCUUCCACGUUUGAUAAUGGCAAUGAGGAUCUUUCUACUGCCAUUCUUGCUGUCACCUGAUAGGGGUUUACAGAAAUGAAGGCCAAAGGUGCAAGCGCGUUCUUUGGGGACUGAGCCAGGGCGCGCCCCUUAUGUCCUGUGGGCCGGUGCAUUUUGCGCGCUUCGGUUCAGUAUGCGAUGGGGAUCUGCUGGACUCGGUGCUGCAGCAUCUUCAGAAGAGAGAGUAGCCGGAUACAGAGAGCUGGCGGCGGAUCAAAGUAUUUUAAAACUACAACCAGAGGAGAGCAUUUUACAAUUGAGUUUGAAAACCUUGUUGAAAGUGAUGAGGGAGAAAGUCCUGGCAGUAGUAUAAGACCCUUGAGUGAGGAAGAAUUGUGUGAUCUAAAGGAAAAACAGUAUGAUUCUAUUACGGAACGCCAGAGAGCUGAUGAUAUCAAGAUACAAAAUGAGUUAGCCUUACAAGAGAAGAAGUUAAAACUAGAAGAGGAGUCUUUAUAUGCUGCACAACGGGAAGCAGCGAGGGCAGCCAAGCAAACAAAGAUUUUGGAGCAACACCGGUUGCAGUGGAUAAAGCAAAGAGCACUAGCAGCUAAUAAUGGAGAAGAUCCAAGGUAUGGCUCUGUACCAGAAGAUUUUGAAACCUACUUGCAGAAUUUGAAGUUACAAUAUGGAGCUGUUAGGAGCAGCAGAUUGUCUUCUGAAGCAAACGUAUUGACACCCAACACAGAAAGUAGCUGUGAUUUAACUACAAAAACAAAGUCAACAAGUGGGAAUGAUAACACAUCUCUUGACCUUGAGUGGGAAGAUGAAGAAGGAAUGAACAGGAUGAUUCCUAUGAAAGAGCGCUCAAAGACAGAAGAGGACAUCUUACAAGCAGCCUUAAAAUAUAGUGGCAAAAAGCCUGGAAGUCAUGGAGCCUCUGCUUCUGAUGACUCAACUGGGCUAGAGUGGGAAAAUGACUUUGUGAGUGCCGAAAUGGAUGAUAAUGGGAACUCUGAGUAUGCAGGGUUUGUAAAUCCAGUCACAGAACUGUCUGCUCAGCAACAGAAUAGGUAAAGACACUUAUAUAUAUAUAUAUAUAUAUAUACACACACACACACACAUACUGAUGACCAAACAGAUGAAGAUUCUUCUCCUUCCUUAUGGAUUGAAAUGAAUGUACACUUUUUCUUGGAGCCUUUGUUUUUUUUUUAAUGCUAAAAAGGGGGAACAGUAAAAAAGUGUUAACUGGAAUAUUUUAAAAAGAACAAGUGCAAUUUUCACUGUUUUUACUUUCCUUUUAUUGUCACGGGUCCAUGUAGUUAGUAUUUGCUGCAUUUGUCUAGGAUCACUAAUAAAUUAUCUGCACUAAGUGAAAA